CGGGCGCGUGCAUCAACGCAGACGAUCCGGGCGACUUCACGUUAUCAGUUAGCACGUACACGCACACCGCCGGCACCGGCGUCGGGAGGGACACCUGUCGCCCGCCGCACUCUGACCUCCGCCCCCGCCGCGCGAGACGACAGCGCCCGCACCAAGACGAGGCAACUCGGCGAGCGGGACAGGUGCUGCCAGCGCGAGCCUCCUCCCACCCAACCCCAACACCACCACCACCAGACACCAGUCCACCACUACCACUGAGGCGAGCCGGAGGCGCACACAGGCACAGCACAGUCCGGGCCCGUGCCUUCCAAUUCGGUCGUCGCACACAUCGAUUGAGCCCGCGCACGAGCCCAUCGCUUUCGCUUUGGCGUCUUCGAGAACCCGCAAGCAACCUAUAUAGCCCGCCGCGAAUUCCGCCUGGCUUCCUCGUCGCCCGCCUCGUCGUCGCGCCGCAGUGAGAGGAGGGGGAGGCGAUGGAUCUCAACGAAUGCGAGAGGAGGGGGCCGGCGGGGCCGGAUCCGCUGUCGAGGCAGGGGUCGAUCUACUCGCUCACGUUCGACGAGUUCCAGAACACGCUCGGCGGGAUGGGGGGAGGGCUUGGCAAGGACUUCGGCUCCAUGAACAUGGACGAGCUGCUGCGGAGCAUCUGGACCGCCGAGGAGAGCCAGGCCAUGGCGUCGGCUUCGGCCUCGGCCUCGGCCUCGGUGUCCGCGCUGGGGGCAGCCGUCGACGGCGGGGCGGCGCUGCAGAGACAGGGGUCUCUCGCGCUGCCGCGCACUCUCAGCGUCAAGACGGUGGACGAGGUCUGGCGGGACUUCGUGCGGGAGGCGCCGCCCGGGACGGCUGGCGGCGAGGAGCCGCAGCCCAACCGACAGCCGACUCUCGGGGAGAUGACGCUGGAGGAGUUCCUGGUCAGGGCCGGGGUCGUCCGUGACAACCCUGCCGCGGCAGCUGCUGCUGUCCCUGCGCAGCCGGUUGCUCCACGGCCGAUUCAGGCGGUCAGUAAUGGCGCCUCCAUCUUUUUCGGCAACUUUGGGGGCGCCAAUGACGCCGGGGCUGGAGCGAUGGUGUUUGCGCCGGUGGGGAUCGGGGAUCAGGCCAUGGGCAACGGGUUGAUGCCUGGGGUGGCUGGGAUGGCAGGUGGUGCGGUCACCGUGAGUCCGGUGGAUACGUCGGUGGCCCAGCUGGAUUCUAUGGGCAAGAGCGAUGAGGAUCUGUCAUCGCCAAUGGCUCCGGUGCCAUACCCCUUUGAGGGAGUGAUAAGGGGAAGGAGGAGCGGUGCGGGUGUGGAGAAGGUUGUGGAGCGGCGGCAGAGGAGGAUGAUCAAGAACAGGGAGUCUGCAGCUAGAUCCCGUGCCCGUAAGCAGGCUUAUACAAUGGAGUUGGAAGCCGAAGUUCAGAAACUGAAGGAACAAAAUGCAGAAUUGCAGAAGAAGCAGGAACAAAUAAUGGAGAUGCAGCAAAACCAGGUCCCGGAAUUGGUCAGCAAUCCAUAUGCACAAAAGAAGCGAUGCCUGCGGAGAACAUUGACAGGUCCCUGGUAACUGAGUUGUUGUUGAUCGGACUCGACAGGAUAUUUAACAUUAUGGUACUUGUACAUUCUUCAGGAUUUGGAGAACCCAAAUUUCUGUUGUAUAUUAGCGAUCAACAGAGUCGAAUGUACCAGUGCAUAACUUUCUUCUCCUGACACUAUGCCUCCUCGAUUCAUUUCUGCAAGUCUGGUAGAUUUAUUGCACUUCUGCGCCCUCGUGCUCCUUAAUACUCCCUGAUGAACGACUAGUAACUGUGGGAUUUCAUAGGAACAGAGAUGCGUGUCAGGAUUGAAGUGGUAAGUUUCAGGAUUGAAGUUUG